GCGAUCGAGCGAGAGGAUGCUGGGUCGGUGCUGGCGGCGUUGCCUGCACCAGGAGCCGGGCGCCAACGAAAUGGGCCCUGCCUGGAUCGCACCCGCCCAUCUCGCCCCUGCAUCACGAUGAGCUCCGUAUCCAUCGAAGCCCUCGGCUCCGUCGUCAAGCAUCAGCUCGACUCUGUCUCGGACGAGCUGCGGGAGAUCAGUCUGCAGAUCCAUGCCCGUCCCGAACUUGCCUAUGAGGAGGUCUUUGCUCACGAGCUGCUGACGGACUAUCUCGAGCGAAAGGGCUUUCGGGUCGUCCGACAGGCGUGCGGACUCAAGACCGCUUUCGUCGCCGAGUACACCUCUGCAGCCGCCCAGAAUGCCCCAGCGUCAAGCAAGGUCGCUACUGUCGGCUUUCUCUCCGAAUUCGAUGCUCUGCCCAAGAUCGGACAUGCAUGCGGCCACAAUCUGAUUGCUAUCUGCGGAGUCGCAGCGGCCCUUGGAUUCAAGGCGGCCGUCGACAAGUUUGGAAUUGCAGCCCACCUGAAGGUGUUUGGGUCGCCGGCUGAGGAAACCACUGGUGGAAAGAUCCAUAUGAUCAAGGCCGGCGCCUUUGAGAAUGUCGACCUGGCCCUCAUGGCUCAUCCCGGCAACGCCGACUUUGUCUAUGCUCAGUACUUGGCCUUGCAGGGCCUGCAUGUCAGCUACCACGGCAAGUCUUCCCACGCCGCGGCCGCUCCCUGGGACGGCGUCAACGCCCUGGAUGCCGUAGUGAUGGCCUACAACUCGAUCUCGAUGCUGAGACAACAGAGCCUGCCCACCAACCGAGUCCAUGGCAUCAUCACCAACGGCGGAGCUGCUCCAAACACCAUCCCCGACUUUGCCUCGUCGAUCUACUACAUCCGGUCUCAGCGACUCGCGCAGCUGAACGAGCUCAAGGCCAAGAUCUUGGGCUGUCUCGAGGGAGCCGCAGCUGCAACCGGAGCCAGGCUUUCGCUCGAAGAGGAAGCGGCAUUUGCCGACGUCCGACAAAACGAAGUGCUGGCGCGGCUCUACGACCGACACAUUCGCUCCCUUGGGGCCACGAUCGCCAUGGACCGCAACAAGCAAGAAGAAAUGCCCAAGGGCUCGACCGACAUGGGCAAUGUGACCCAUGUGGUGCCUGGCAUCCAUCCAAUCUUUGACAUUGGCUGCAAUUCGGACAUCCACACCGAAGACUUUCGCGAAGCAGCCAAGAGCCAGCUUGCCCACGAGCGCACCCUGCGGUGCGCUGCGGCCCUGUCGCUUGUCGGGCUCGAAUGUGCGACGGACGCCCAGCUCCUGGCAGAGGCUACGGCCGAUUUUGCCAGCAAGUAAAGCGAUGCCAAGGCUGCGGUGCAACAACCGGGCCGGCUGGAUCAAGGCACAGGAUCAAGUGGCAUCAAGUUAUUGUCGCGGCAUUCCCGUCUCGAUGUGAAUGGAUCGCAGCUCCUGCUAUCAUUACGGCAAUACAUUGACACAAUAGCACCUA